AUGACCGGCAGGUCGGAUGUUAUUAUAAUAUCUUCAUCUCCACCUUCACUACCAGCUGAACCGCGGGCUACGUACGAUAUAGCGGGCGCGUUUAUUGUUCCACCACAACCUCCAUCUCCGUCGACCUUGCCACCCUCAAUAUCUAAAGCCUCUUCGCGUUCUCACUACUUUUCAGCAACAGCAAGUGAAAAUCCAAUAGGGAAACGCCAGAUUUCAAAGAAGUCCUCUGCAGAAGAGCCAAUUUCGAAUGAAGCGCCGACCAAGCCACGUAAGAGAGCGCAGAAGACAGUCAAGGAGUCAACAACGACUCCAAAGAGCCUAGAAACGGGAUCUCUCGCUUCCCGAGACAAUGCCGCUGAGAAGAAGACUACUAAGCCUCGGAAACCUCGUCCUACCAAGAAAAAGGAAGCAAAUAGUGGGACACAGGAUGGCAACGUUUCCAACAAUGACCAGCCAGCAAAAAAGUCGAAGAAAGCGGUAAAGAGAGACGAACCUGAAAACGCUGGAAAAAAAGACAGCAAACAAUCGAGUGCAUUGAGAAAGAACGAGGAUUUACAACUAGACAAAUCAACAACACGAAGGCUGGACUGGACACCACCGAAAGAUCCUACCUCCAAUGGCGUGGUCAUGAUGAAUGAUCAACCAGACGCAGAAGGCGAAACACUCGGUAGAUUUGGAAAGCUGAUGUCGGGUUAUAACUUCUCUGGGCUGGCAUCAGAUCCACACCAGAUUUCCUUGAAUAUUGAGAGUACUGGUCCAACUCAACGGAGGAGGAUCGAGCUGGUGGACCACCCAGUUCAGCCCCAACUCAAAGAGACAUCUGAGACGAAUGACGCAGUUGGCCCUUCAACAUCAAUAGCCCAAAUCCAACCGACUAUAAAACUGAAAAGAUUCUCAACUCUAACGGCCCGCAUGACUGCAAUGUAUGCUUCAACGGAUAUAAAAGACGAUGACCCAUCAGGAGAUUCGCAGAGUGCUACAGAUGACAAGACUAAACGCAAAAUAAAGUCGAGGAAACGCGAACUUGUAUCAACCGUUCUUGCUCCAGAAGAUGUCUUCAAGACUUUGGAUGAGCAAGAUCUCGUUUUCGGUACAUGUAGCCAACUGGAGAUGAACGAUUCGCUGGAAACAUUGAGAGAAACACAACAAGCCAUUCGUUCAUCGGAAAGCCUUGCCCUGCAAGAAAGAGAACGAAAUGUUUCGUCCGAGCCAACGAGAUCACACGAGUCAAUAUCUGCUCGUAUAGAAUCGUAUGCAAACGGUACAAGAAAUUUAUGGAAUGUUGCCGCUCGUGACACGGAUGGAUCUUUACGUCAAACAGAAGAACUGGAAAUUGUGGACCUUACAAAGACACCCCCACCCGCCAAACAGAAAGUUGGCACCACCACUAUACUAACCACAUCCAAUACAUUUAUCGCCCCUAGGAAUGUUGACCUAUUUGACGCAGAAGUCGAAAAGCCAACAUAUCCUACCAAGAAAAACCCAGCUCCUACUGCGGAUGAACAACAAAUCCCAAAUUCAGAACCUGCAAUAUCGACUGAAACCUCGGAAAAAACACUUGUACCAGUGACAAUCAGCCAAGAAGUAGACUUUGAAUGUUCUUCUAGGCAUCCUUAUAAUGGAUUAUCCGACGCAGAUCUCCUGAAGCAUAUAUCUGCGUAUGGAUUCAAGCCAGUCAAAGGUCGCAAGAAAAUGAUAGAGCUGCUUGAAAUGUGCUGGGAAUCUAUUCAACAAUCGAAGAAAAACACCCCUGUACCCGAAUCGCAGCCUCAAGCUGAAAAUGUCCAAACGGAAACCUCCGCCAGAGUACCAGCCCCUCGUGCUAAGUCAACUGCAACGACCAAGAAAGACAAGAAGGGACAGGGAAGCUCCCAAACAUCCAACUGGCAUAAAGCAUUGAAGCCGCCUUACCCACCAAUAUCUACAGAUUUAGACAUUGACAUUGAGAUUCAAGAUUCCGAAGAAGAUGUUAUACCAUCGCGAGUUCAGCAUCUCGACAAUGAGUCACUUUCCAACAAAUCUAACUCUGGUCGCCAACCCUCUUUGGACAUUUUGCCAAAACCAAUUCCCUCUAUCCCUACUAAGCGCAAAAACGCUCCCUCCAAAACGUUGCGCAGCAAGAAGGAUGCAAAGCUCGCGUCAUCCAACUCCACUGUCAAAUCUUCAAACCCAAGUUCUACCAAGAAAAUUAACCUGCCAGACAUUUUGGUCCAAAUCAGCAAAGCUGUACUGCCAUCGUCUGGUAUUUCUGCCCCAUCGGUCUCAUCUGGCGGUCGAGGCAAUCCAACAUGGCAUGAAAAGAUACUCAUGUACGACGCUAUUGUCUUGGAGGACCUGACAACUUGGCUGAAUGUCGAAGGCCUCGGCCUAGUUGGGGAAGACCGCGAAGUUUCUACCGCUAUAGUCAGGGAGUGGUGCGAGAGCAAGGGGAUUUGUUGCUGCUGGAAGAACUCCAAUUGGUAA